UCUACAGGCUUCUCAUUCAGGUCUGGAAAUAAUUUAUUAGUACUACCAGUUGGGCAUAUACGUGCAACAUAAGCUUCGAAAAUGCUGCGAGUUCUCUGUGCUGCUGUUUUGCUCUGCGGAGCCGUAUACGGUCAGCUUGUGGUGCCGAAUGUGUCAGAAAUGUUUGGACAAAUGUUUGGGCCGAACUGUACCAACGCGGAUCAGAUGGCUUUGUUCACUUGCUCAAUGGAUAUGCAGAAUCAGACCAUGCAGAACGUGGACAUCUUUCAGCAGUCAGGAGAAAUUUUUAUGAGCGGAAACAUCACCGAAGCGCAGGCGAAGGACAUCCUCGAUGCUUUUUGCGGAUUGAUGACCAGCAUGAUCAGCUGCAUCCGGCCAAUUGCCGAUCGUUGCUUCACUUCUCCUCUGGCUGACUGGUCAUUCCAUAUGAACGAAGAUAUGCUGUUGAUGUGCGCUGCCGCCAACCGCUACCAGUACUUCACGGAGAUUGUACGCUGCAAUAAGAAACUGGAUGUGUACAACACCAUCGCUAAUGAUCCGCAACUGCCGCUCAUUGUUGAAGAGAUCACCAAUUUGACUCUGUCAUCGAUGGGUCCUAACAUGAGCAAUAUUUCCGGCAUUAUGGACGUGCCUCCUCAAACCUUCAUCGCCAUCUUUUGCCGAAUGUUCAGCCGUGUGGAAGAACUAAUUUCUUUGGAAAAGGUCAACGCCACGUGCGGUGUCGGUGCCCAUGCAGCCUACACCGAUCUUUACAGCUUCGUUCGCAGAAUGUACCACUGCGACGGCGAACACCUGAACCACAACGAAAGCACCACCAUUCCUCCGUUCGUCAACACCACCGUUGUGGCAGGUAACGAGACAGUGCCAACCCAGACCACCAUAGUCCUUCCGGCCAAUGGUACCUCCCCCACCCCGCUCGUUGUCCGUCCCGACAGCACCCAGGCUCCCAACGGCAACGGUACUUCCCCCAACCCCGGUGGUAACGGUAAUGCCGGAAACUCCAUGCAGCUUGCCAGUGGAUCCGUCUUCUACAGUCUGAUCGCGGUUAUCAUGGCCAUUGUCAUGGUACAUCGACAGGACUGAACAAUGCUGACAGCCACUUGACAGCAGUUUGUUUGUUAUCUUUUACCAAAGUGAUCUGUGAUCUUUGAAAUGUUAUAAGAAUUGUUUGCUCAGCUGACCUGGAAUGUGGGAAUGAGCCGGAAUUAAUGCUACCAUUGAUUUACAAGUGCAGUUACUCGUAUGGUGGGUUUUUAUCUUUGCAAUGACAUUAUUCUAUGGUACCGUUUAUCUGGCGAUAUAUGGUUGUAACUUGUACUGUUAUCUGACAUGUCCAACAAAAGUUGCAACAACAACAAUAGACGACUGACAAUCGCUCGUGCUCAGUGUUAAAUGUAGCCGUUGCUUCCUAAUAAAGUCCUAACUACCUG